CUUUUCAGAUCAGCAGAAUCUGUUCAUCUCGAGACGAACAAGAUGGCGAAGUGAGUGGGUUGCGCUUUGAAAAGAAAGCAGCGACUCACACAAGUCCUUCAGCGUUAAAACGUCGGUUGCCUUGAUGUACGGUCGAAUAGGCUGGAAAGCGCGUCUUUAAGAAGAAAAAUCGCCCCUCAAAGCGAGGUGAUUUGAAGAGAGCGUCGAGGACAUCGACUCCUCCGUGUCCUUUCAGGCUAAGCUGCUAGUCGGCUAUUCGGGGAAUUGCUCAAGAGAAAAAACAGCGUCAACCUCAGGGGAAAUAGUCUUGUUUUUUACUUAAAUGUCGAGACAACUAAUCUCCUAUUGAAUCCAAUGUCCGUUGUCAUCUCAAUUUCGUCGUUGUGAGUUGUAAGGACACAGCUAGUGAGGAAGAUCGUUUUUAGGCUAGCUAGCAUUGUUUCUACUGGACUGAAGAAGAGAGAGCAGCCUGAAAACCUCACCCGUUCACACAGUUUCAGAGUACUUCUCGGAUUUUAGGACAUGGCCAGCAGCAGUGGCUCUAAAGCCGAGUUCAUAGUCGGUGGGAAAUACAAGCUCGUUCGGAAAAUCGGAUCUGGAUCAUUUGGUGACAUUUAUUUGGCAAUCAACAUCACAAAUGGAGAGGAGGUAGCUGUGAAAUUGGAAUCGCAGAAAGCCAGACACCCUCAACUUCUUUAUGAAAGCAAGUUGUACAAAAUACUCCAGGGAGGAGUCGGAAUCCCACACAUCAGGUGGUAUGGCCAAGAAAAGGACUAUAAUGUUCUAGUGAUGGACCUGCUGGGCCCAAGUCUGGAGGAUCUCUUUAACUUCUGUUCCCGCAGAUUCACAAUGAAAACUGUCCUAAUGCUUGCAGAUCAGAUGAUCAGCAGAAUCGAGUAUGUGCACACAAAAAAUUUCAUCCACAGAGAUAUCAAGCCAGACAACUUUUUAAUGGGUAUUGGCCGUCACUGUAAUAAGUGUUUAGAAUCUCCAGUGGGGAAGAGGAAAAGAAGCUUGGCUGUUAGUUCUUCUCAGGACCCAUCUUUCUCAGGAUUAAACCAGUUGUUCCUCAUCGACUUUGGUCUGGCCAAGAAAUACCGAGACAACAGGACACGACAGCACAUACCGUACAGAGAAGACAAAAAUCUCACAGGCACAGCUCGCUAUGCCAGCAUCAACGCACACUUGGGCAUCGAGCAGAGUCGUCGAGAUGACAUGGAGUCGCUAGGAUACGUGCUGAUGUACUUCAACAGAACCAGCCUGCCAUGGCAGGGGUUGAAGGCUGCCACAAAGAAACAGAAGUAUGAGAAGAUUAGUGAGAAAAAGAUGUCGACCCCUGUCGAGGUCUUGUGUAAGGGUUUCCCAGCAGAGUUUGCCAUGUACCUGAACUACUGUCGUGGGUUGCGGUUUGAAGAAGCACCUGACUACAUGUACCUGCGUCAGCUUUUCCGCAUUCUUUUCAGGACUCUGAACCACCAGUAUGACUACACAUUUGACUGGACCAUGCUGAAGCAGAAAGCAGCACAGCAAGCGGCCUCUUCAGGGGGACAGGGGCAACAGGCACAAACCCCCACAGGCAAGCAAACUGACAAACCCAAGAGUAACAUGAAAGGUUUCUAAGCAUUAAGACAAUGUAAUGAAGCAGAGCAGAGUGGUCGUAGCAGGAUUUGCCUUCCAAUCACACCCCGGCAUCUAGGAUCAAAUUCACCAGAACCUGCCAGGCACUGUGGGCAACCUUUUUUCCUGUUAAAGAACUUUUGUUCCAUAUACUAUAUAUGUAAUCGGUAUAUAUAGAUAAGAUGCACUGCAUAUAUCUAUAUAUUGGUAUGUAUAUACUAUAUCCACACAGAGAGCAGGCUUGGUUUGGAGUUGGAAGCUGUAGCCUUUUCUAUUGUCCUGUCCCUUGAGACUUUUCGCCCCUCCUUCUUUGAAACGGCAAACUGUAGAAAAUGGGGAUAUCAUUGCGCACAUGCCAAUAUUUUCCCGAGUUUUCUCCUUCAGGAAAGCUGUUUGGGGUCCUUCCUGAAUUCUCGGUUGCCCAUCAGAGCAGUUUUGGCCCCCCCUUUUCCUUCUCAUCGUCCUCUUGUCACAAAGCGUGGCACGAACCCAGACACUCUUCUGUCAGAAUGGAGACAUCUGAGACACAUUUUCGUCCUUCAAUAUUUAAUUUUUUUUUUUUUUUUUUUUUUUUUUUUUUUUUUUUUCUUGAGCAAAUUGAAACAUCUGAGAUUAAUUUGUUUUUUUUCUUACUUCUUUCAAAUGUAUCCAAAUAAUUAAAAAGGCAAACAUUGGGUUUUGUUUUUCUUUUCUAAAAAGGUAAUUACGAUUCUGCCUGCUGAUAUGUGCUAGAGAGCUUCUAAUGUGAAGAUAAAAAAAAAACAUUCUAGUGACUACUAGGUUUCUCUUUAGAACGCUGCAUUUAACUAUAUUGUACUUGGUAUUCUGAAGUCUAAAAAAAAAAUAAAAGAAUAAACUCCACAGAAGCAUAUUCAUUACAAAUUAGGCAUCACUCUGAACUAAACCUGUAUGUUAAUUGCUUAGAUGAAAAUUGUAUGCAUCUGAUCUGGGUUUUUUUCUCUUUGGAAAAUGUUCAUGUUGAUUGAGAAAAGUAACCAUUCGUACAAAUAAUUGCUAUGAUAGGGUCAAUGUUCUGUUUUUGAGAGAGAAAUGUGUUCACUCCACCGUUCCCUUUACCAUUUUUAUAUGCAUAUAUCUUUUUUUUUUUUUUUUUUUUUUUUUUUAAAUCAGAAAAAUACACUUUUUUCAGUUUUAUAGAGUUGUCUUUCCCUGUAUUAAAACGAUAAUUUUGUGGAAAGGUUUUUUUUUUUUUUUUUUUUUUUUUGCUGCUUUCUGUGGUGAAGCAGAUCCUCUUGUAAAAUAUCUCUGGGACUUUCUCUCUGCAACAGUUUUUCGCUGCUGUUUGGUAGCAGUCUUUUGUUCAUUUCCUUUUUUUUUUAUUGCAAAGAAACAUGUUGGAGGGUUUCUUUUCUAUAUACUUUUGGGUGUUAUGAGGCAAGAGCAUUUUUUUUUUUCUACCACCCCCCCAGCCUUUAGCCACGACAAAUGCACACCAGUAACUUGGCUUUCUUUUCUUUUUGUUGUUUUUCCUUGCCUCCAAACUGUCCCUCAGAACCAGCUUUAAGUUCUUUACAGCUGGACGUUCUAUAAAGUGUAAUUUAUUCCCUUUUAGCAUGUCAGAAUAAAUUAAAAUGACUUCUCAGAAAUGCUGUCCCAGUCUCUAAUUUUACAAGAAUGCACAAACUCAGAUUACGGAUAGACCCCCUCCCUUUCCAUUUGUUCAGGUAUCUGUCUCUGGUCUGCACAUUUAUCGAAGUUCCACACAAUCAUGCAUCAAACUUGUUUUUGAAACUGAAAGGUAAAAUGAAUAUGCUUUAUAAAUGAGAAAGCAAAAUGCUUGGUUCUCAAAAAAAGUGUAAUACUUUGAAUGAUUUUGUCUCAAGUGUUUAAAGGGACAACUUUAUGGAAAUGAUCUCAAGAUGUUGCUGUAAUCCAGGAAAGCGGUUCUUGUGGGGGUGGUGGGUAGUUCUAGGUGCUCGUGGUGUUUUAAAUUUCCAGGAUUUAUAUCUGUAAAUAUUAAAAUGGCUUCAAAUGGCA